CUUGGAUCGGUCGGCGCCUGGGUCCUGGGACAGACCGAGCUUUGAGUUUCUCAGGCGGCGUCGGCGGCGAGGUGCGGUUAAGGAAGCGUGCUGCACUUGCUGAGGCGGCCCGGCAUGUCAACAAUCCUUUCUCAACAUGGCAGACCUCCUGUAUGACUUGCUCUUACCGCCGGACCAAACGCCGUCCCGGACGGCGGCUGACCGAAGUGCACUCGAGUACCUCACUGAGUUGGCCUCAAAGCCGCUGGCGUCCCUCAGCACCACCGAACCGCAGGCUCUCGCGCAGUCCUCGCAUGGACUCCUCCUCUCGCUGCAGGCUCUCUCCCAAAAAUCACACAAACAAAUCAUCGAAUCUGCAACUCACCAUGCGACGCUGCGCAAUACAUUACCGGCCCUCGCGGCGAGCACUGCCGAGCUGCGCAAUUCCAUCCCCAAGCUCGACAGCGAAGCCGUGCGCUUCUCCACCACGUACAGCAAGAGCAGCGACAACGACGUGCUCGCUCGGCGCAAGAAGGCCCUGCUGCUCUCGCGCAACGUUGAGCGGCUGGUGGACGUGCUCGAGCUGCCGACGCUGCUGUCCUCGGCCAUCUCGGCGGCGCCCGCCAACUACUCGUCCGCCCUGGAUCUCAACGGACACAUCCGCCGCCUGCACUCCAUCUACCCCAAUUCGCCGCUCGUGGCGUCCAUAUCCGCCCAGGCCGACGAGGCCAUGCGCGCCAUGGCUGCCAACCUCAUCCACUCCCUCAAGGCCCCGGGGCUCAAGCUGGCCGCCUCGCUACGCACCAUCAGCUGGCUGCGGCGAGUCCUGCCAGAUCUCGAAGCCCCGUCCGCGGCGGCCCCUGCCACCGGCUCGAGCCCCGGCAGCAUCAGCAGCACCACCACCAAGGGACACGACUCCCAGGAGCGAGUUCUCGGCGCGCUCUUCCUCGUCUGCCGUCUCGCAACGCUCAUGACGAUGCUCGAGGCCCUCGAGCCGCUGCGCGAGCUGGCCGACCAGGAGAAGGCGCGCCAAAAGGCCAUCGGCAGCGGCAGCGCCUGGUCGGGCGGCCAGCAGACGGAGCGGUACCUGAAGCGCUACCUCGAGAUCUUCCGCGAGCAGAGCUUCGCUAUUGUGUCCAUGUUCCGCAGCAUCUUCCCCGCCGCGACGGCCGCCACGAGCGAUGGGCCCGCGCCCGCGCCCGCGCCUGCGCCUGCUUCGGGAGGAGAUGAUGACCCGCUGGAGCCGAUGCCCUCGGCGCUGGCGACAUUCCCGCUGCACCUGGUUGACAUGCUGCUCGAGACGCUCCGGACAUAUCUGCCUACCAUUAAGGACCAGGCCGCCCGGGACAGUCUGCUGACGCAGGUGCUGUACUGCGCGGGGAGCCUGGGGCGGCUGGGAGGGGACUUUGGGCUGUUUCUCGCCACGCUGGACGUCGGGCCCGACGCCGAAGAGGAGUGGGCUGAGGUGGUCAAGCGGCAUCGGGCGCUUGCUGGGCGGCUGGAGUCGAUUGUAGGCGAGCAGAAGAAAGGGGGCUGAGAGCUAACACCGAGCGAUUCGUGGAGUGGCUUAUACGGAUACGGAAAAUCCGUACACGCAGACCGAGCCGGCGUCAAUCGUCCCGGGCAUGGCUUGGUCUAAUUAUUCUACGAU